CAACAGCCUGUGAUAAUGAGUCUUAGAGUUCCUUUCUUUGUUGCAGGACUACGAGUAGCAACAAUGCAGGUCAACAGGAAGCUUCUGCCCCUCAAGCUCCACUUCUUCGUGUUUUGGGGCUGUAUAUCUUCGGUGUUGCCGUUCAUGAUGGUGGUGGCCAGGCAGCUGGGGGUCCCCGUGGCCACACAAGGCAUCAUCUCUGCUGUUAUCACCGCCACGGCUGUCCUGGUCAAGCCGGCCAUCUCCGCCAUCGCUGACUACCUCCCUGCCUGCAGGAAGCCCAUCUUCCUGCUCCUCUUGACAACCAUGAUACUGACCAUCGGUCCUAUAGGAUUCUUCUCGCCGCUCUAUGGGUCCCCAACAUUACGGGGCAAGCUGGAGUAUAGUGCUGGCGGGGGUGCGAUGAAUUUCCUUGCAAAUUACUCAGGAGAGUGCUACUUCACGGUUGCGUGGGACUGCGCGGCCACCUCUGACCACCCAGACACGCGUCACCCACACGCGACGGGGCUCAAACUCACCCAUAUCCCCACCCAAGACAAACUGGAAAUGCCGCCACAACAGCGCGGAGCAAACACCUCCAGCGGCGAGAUGUUAGAGACGCCUCGUUAUCAGGGGACAACACUGUUAAGGGGACCCAGGACUAACCAGGUGCAGAAGUCUGAAGAUGACGACGACGACGACGACGAGACACUAACAAGAGAGGGAGCCCUAGUGUACCUGGUGGAGGGCUUCCUUCCACCUGAACCCAAGGAGAUGCUUAAUGUCAGCCUGGUGUGUGGAGGUGGGGAGGUGUGUUGGGGGGCGUGUCCCCCACCCUGGACGCUGCCCUGCUUCUGGCUCUACGUCCUCCUCCUGCUGGUGGGCCAGGUCGUCGCCUCCACCGUGGAGUCCAUCUCCGACGCCAUCUGCUGUGACACCAUCGGUGUGGACGGCGACUAUGGGCGCCAGCGGGUGUGGGGCGCCGUCAGCUACGGCCUCCUGGGGGUGGGGAGCGGCCUUCUGGUGGAUUGGUGGUCAGGGGAUAAGACCACUAAGAACUACACUCCUGCCUUCCUCCUCACCGUCGCCUGCGGUGUCUUGGAUAUCCUCAUCUCCGCUACGUGCCUCAAGGUCCCCAGACUGAAGGAUGGUACCGAAGUAUGGAAAGAACUGAAGCCGCUUCUUCACCAGAUUCACUUCCUAGUCUUUCUAUCCCUCGCCUUUCUCGUCGGAUUCUAUGAUGGCCUCGACACAGGAUACGUCUUCGUGCUGCAGGAGGACAUGGCAACAGGACGUGCUGUCAUGCAACACAUGAAGUUUAUCCAGGGCCUCACCAUGCUGGUCCAGGCCCUCUCAUGCAUUCCCUUCAUGUUUCUCUGUGACUGGUUCGUGAAGAAGCUGGGGUCCCACAGGGUGAUCGCUCUGGUGCUCUUCCUCUAUGCCAUCAGACUGGCUGGAUUGGCCCUAGCGAGCAAUCAGGGUCUUGUCUGGGCUACAGUCAUGAUAGAGCUCAUUAAUGGACCAUGUUUUGGCCUGGGUUUCACAGCUGUAGUUGUUCAUGCUUCAUCCAUCACACCAAAGGGCACCUCCAACACCGUCCAGAGUGUAGUCAGUGUCUGCUACGGUACAUUAGGUUAUGCUGGUGCCAGUUUUGUGGGUGGGAUUAUAUAUGAAUGGUGGGGGGGCGAGAUGCUUUACCUGGCUACCAGUGUCCUGGCAGCCAUCACCUGCCUUCUUCACCUGGUCUAUAUAAAGUUCUUCCCACACACUCCAGAAGCUAAGGAGCUGGGAUUGGAGGCAGUUGGAGAACAGGACUUAAAAAUACUUCUGGAAAGAAAAGCAGUAGAAGCAGCAGCAGCAGCAACAACAACUACCACUCACACUACAAUUAUAGGAAGAGACCUGGAGGAACAGGAUCAAUGUGGGGUGGAGAGAGAAGCACUUCUGCAGGACAUAGGUUCAAAAAUACUAGUCACAGGAAGUGUGGAAAAGGUGGAGAUGACAUUGGAGGAAUUAAGGUCGAAGGGAAAGGAGGAGGGCAGGGAGGGGGAAGUGUAAAAAUUAUGAAAUACAGAAUGUGAAAUUGAAUGUGGGGAUAAAGGCAAAGCAAAACAGGACACUAGAAAUGGCAAAGACAGAUUACAGAAUGGAACACAAGAUAAGAGGGAUUAUAUACCCGUACACAGAACUUGAGCAAUGUUGAAAGGAUAGGUGUGGUGGGGAAAGGAGGCCUGGUCAGAGACUUGGCCAUGGGGACUUGGACUCCUGGAAUCGGAGCAAGGUAACCCCACUAAGCAUAUAAAGAACGGUGCACAAUUAACAGGGAAAAUAAAAUGAACACAACUCUGAACAUAUGUAGAAUGUGAAACAGAGCGUGGAAAAUAUUUUUGGAUUAUGUAAAUAUGUACACAGUGAGCAAGGAACAGAAUCUGGAAAAAGAGUAAAAGACACAGGAAGCACCAAUCCUAGCUUUAGGAUAAGUUUUUUUUUGUUUUUUUAUAUAGAUACAAGAGUUCUUACAUUCUUGACCAGACCACACACUAGAAGGUGAAGGGAUGAUGACGUUUUAGUCCGUCCUGGACCAUUCUCAAGUCAAUUCUUAC